CAGGAACUCCAUUGGCGGGUCCUUGGUGACUGACAGAUGCCACACCAAUUAUGUACCAGGAACAGAAGGGAAGAGAGAAUGGCUGUUUCCUUUCCACCUCUUGCCCCAGAUGGACGGGAGGCUCUUCAGUCGCAAACACCUACUGCUGUGUAAAUGAACUAAGGCUAGACGGGAGAAUUCUGGAAAUUCUGUCAUCCCACACCCUGUCUCUUUUCUAGCUCAGGUGGUAGAAAAGUAUCUAGAUCACCAUGGCAACUGGACAGAAGUUGAUGAGAGCUAUUAGAGUUUUUGAAUUUGGUGGACCAGAAGUGCUGAAACUCCAGGCAGAUGUUGCAGUACCAAUUCCAAAAGACCAUCAGGUCCUAAUCAGAGUCCAUGCCUGUGGUGUAAACCCAGUGGAUACAUAUAUUCGCUCUGGUACUUACAGCAGAAAACCACUUUUGCCCUACACUCCUGGUACAGAUGUGGCUGGGGUAAUAGAAGCUGUUGGAGAUAGUGUAUCUGCUUUCAAGAAAGGUGACAGAGUUUUCACUACCAGCACAGUCUCUGGGGGCUAUGCAGAGUAUGCGCUUGCAGCAGAUCACACCGUUUACCCACUGCCAGAAAAACUGGACUUCCAACAAGGAGCUGCCAUCGGUAUCCCAUAUUUUACCGCUUAUCGAGCUCUGCUCCACAGCGCCCGUGUGAAAGCUGGAGAAAGUGUUCUGGUUCACGGGGCUAGUGGAGGAGUUGGGCUAGCAGCAUGCCAAAUCGCUAGGGCUUAUGGCUUAAAGGUUUUGGGUACAGCUGGUACUGAGGAAGGGCGAAACAUUGUUUUACAAAAUGGAGCGCAUGAAGUGUUUAAUCACAGAGAAGCUAACUAUAUUGAUAAAAUUAAGAAAUUUGUUGGUGAAAAAGGAAUGGAUGUGAUUAUUGAAAUGUUAGCUAAUGUAAAUCUUAGUAAUGAUUUGAAUCUACUGUCAUAUGGAGGACGAGUAAUAGUUGUUGGCAGCAGAGGUCAUAUUGAAAUAAACCCACGGGACACCAUAGCUAAAGAAUCUAGUAUAAUUGGAGUUGCUCUCUAUUCAUCAACAAAGGAGGAAUUUCAGCAAUUUGCCACAGCCCUUCAAGCUGGAAUGGAAAUUGGUUGGAUGAGACCUGUCAUCGGUUCUCAGUAUCCACUGGAGAAGGUGGCCCAGGCUCAUGAAAAUAUCAUUCAUAGCAGUGGGGCUACUGGGAAAAUGAUUCUUGUCUUAUAAUGAUUAAUUCUGUCAUAUGUUUACAACAUAAUUUAGAAGUUUCCUACCCCAGUUUUACUUAACUCUCCUUGCUUUAAGUGAGAUUCAUUUGAUUCAGUGAGCUUCUUACAUUAAAAAACAAGAUCUAUAUUUAGAGAUCAUGAGCAGUAGAAUACAAUUUAUUGCAUAGCUGGCAGUAUUUGUGCCUUCUGCCUCUAAUCAGGAGUCAUCACAUAGAAAAUAGAAUGUUAGUGCUCAUUUGGAAUUGGGCUGCAUUACAGAAAUUCCUUACUGACACUUAAUCAUUAAUUCCAUGCCAUUGACUAAAGCAAACUAAUUCAAAAUAAGACUACUUGAUUCCCAAGCCUGUUUCUCCUUAUAAAGAUUCUUUAGUCUCUGAUUAGCCCAGAACUUGAUUAACUCUGAAGAUUUUGUGGACUAAACAAGAUCCUUUUUCUAAACUAAUCUCUUUUGGAUCUACAAGUCUCUUGGAAGGGCACGAUAAACCAUGUCCAGAGAAUUGUGUUAGUUUUCCAAUAUUUCCCAAAAUAUUAGAACAUUCACUGUGUUAAUGGUUGAUCGUUAAUGGUUGAUUACCAGCGGUCUGUCUAUUCUGUGAGGACAGCAGCCUUAUCUUUGGUUUGAUACGGUAGAAGGUACAUAGUCUCCAAAUAGAUACUUCCUGAUUAAUUCAAUUUUCAAGGAGGUUUAGAAUUAUCUGUUUUUGUGAUUCUCCUAAAGAAUCAUAUCUUUUUAUUUAAGUUAUUAAACAAACUUGACACAUUAAGAAUAAUCUUAUUUUGUUUUCAUAAUAUGAUAACCUGUAAUAAAUGCUGUAGGAAACUAAA